AUGGAAGUAAAGAUCAAUUCCGAAGAGCUCAUCAAGCCUUCCUCUCCGACCCCGCAACACCUCCGGGCCUUCAAGCUCUCCCUCCUCGAUCACCUCAUUCAAGUUCCUUUUACUCCGGUUAUCUUUUUCUACCCGUCCAACUCCGAGCAGGCCGGCCCUUGCUUAGAUGUCCCCCAGAAACUAGACCUUUUGAAGAAGUCCCUCUCCCGGACCUUGACUCAGCUCUAUCCGCUUGCGGGGAAGAUCCGCGACGACGGCCUCUACAUCGACUGUAAUGACGGAGGUGCCCGUUUUGUCGAGGCUAGUGUUAACAUGUCCUUAACUCAGUUCCUUACUGACCUGGACCUCGUCUUGUUCAACAAGUUGGUUCCCAGCAUUGAGUUUGGUAUCGGGGAAUUUCCCGAACCGACUCACGCCGUAAAUAUUCAAGUGAAUGUGUUCCAGUGUGGCGGGAUCGUUCUCGGAAUUUGCAAUACGCACACACUCCAUGACGGGACCGCCUUAGAAGUAUUCCUGAAGGAUUGGGCAGCAGCUGCCAGGGGAUCAGGUGGCGGUGGUGGCAGCAGUGGGGUGGCAGCUCGGGACUUCAUGGUGGCGGCGGAGCUCUUCCCUGCUAACGAUCUGUGGCUGAGUGACUCAUCAAAGAUCAUGUUUAACUCAAUGUGA